GAGUACAGCAAGAGCAUGGGGAAGCAAAAGAAAGCAAGGAAGUAUGCGACCAUGAAGCGAAUGCUUAGUCUAAGAGAUGAGAGGCUUAAAGAAAAGGAUAGAUUAAAACCUAAGAAGAAGGAAAAGAAGGACCCCAGUGCACUGAAGGAAAGAGAAGUCCCCCAGCACCCUUCCUGCUUAUUCUUCCAAUAUAACACUCAGCUGGGCCCACCUUACCACAUCCUCGUUGAUACCAACUUUAUCAAUUUUUCCAUUAAAGCCAAACUGGACUUAAUACAAUCAAUGAUGGAUUGUCUGUAUGCCAAGUGUAUUCCUUGUAUAACUGAUUGUGUAAUGGCAGAAAUUGAGAAAUUGGGGCAGAAGUAUCGAGUGGCACUAAGGAUUGCCAAGGAUCCAAGAUUUGAGCGAUUACCAUGCGCACACAAAGGAACCUAUGCAGAUGACUGCCUAGUCCAGAGAGUGACUCAGCACAAGUGUUACAUUGUGGCCACAGUUGACCGGGACCUAAAACGAAGAAUCCGGAAGAUUCCUGGAGUUCCUAUCAUGUAUAUUUCUAACCACAGAUACAACAUCGAGCGAAUGCCAGAUGAUUAUGGAGCCCCUCGGUUCUAAUCCUUCCAAGACAAAGUUUCCUGGCCUUCCUUCGACCAACUUUAUCUGUUGCCAAAUGACUAAACAUGCUAUAGCAGGAAUUACUAUUCUCUACACACUUUUGCUGUAUUAUGAACUGAGUUUGAUCAAAUAUACAUAAUUUUUUA